CAGCGCUCCAACUCAUUCCAGCGACUCGUCUCGACGAAAGGGCGGCCUAGUCGCCUCCCGAUGGCGCUGUACGAGAAGGAGGUGCCAGACGACCAGCCAGAUGAGCUUGCACGCUCUUCAACCAAGCGCAAGUCGCUCUGGCUCAACGACACUGGUCUCGACCCUAGCAGCCUACCUGAACUCAGCGAAGCAUCCUCGCCCUCCGACAGUCCCUUGCUCGAGACUUUCCAGUCGCUAGCACGAGAAGAUCACAUCACAUCACGCUCGCAAUCGCCAGUCGCGUCCUCGAGCAAGCUGCCCAGCAAGGCUACUGCAGAUCAAGCUCAGAACAAUGCCCGAUCUGCGCUCAUCGAUACCCAGCCUGCCAUUCCCUUGCUCGUGCCCGCUUCCGUACAGCCGCUGUCCGCUGACGAAGUCAAAUUCUACGCGACAAGAGGUCAUCCCAUGAAUAAAUCUGGCUUCCGCUACAGCGAUUGCGGUCCAGUCCUUCUGCAGGCCCGCCGGACAAGAGAUCGAGCCAGAUCGCAUUCUGCUGGUGACAGCGCAGAUGGCAGCCCAGCUUCUGAAAUUCCGUUCUAUCGUUUGCUGCCGUCACCGCCAUUGGGCGUACGCUUCAGUUGGGAGGACAGAUCUCCUUAUACGUACAUCAGUGAGGAUGCCCUGACGAUCACGACCGAUAAGGGCUUCCGAUCCGCUCGCGUCAACGUACCUCUGCGAGAAGGCUCGUGGUACUUUGAAUGGGAAGUACUACGUGGCGGCGGCGAUAAUGCCCGAACAGGACAAGCAGAUGCAGCGCCAGGGUCUGACGGUAUGGCGGGCUCAGCCGCGACAAGAGCAGGAGCGUCUGCACAUGUCAGGCUAGGUCUGGCACGACGAGAGGCGACCAUGAAUGCACCUGUGGGCUAUGAUGGCUAUUCUUACGGGUUGCGAGAUAAAACAGGUGACAAGAUCACCCUCAGCAAGCCUGAGAGCUACGGCGAACCCUUCAAGACGGGGGACAUCAUUGGGGUAUACGUAUCUCUGCCCACUCGGACCAGUCUACCUGAUCCAGACGAUCCAGACGACCCAAGACAUCUCGUUCGGAAGAGAAUGCAGAUCAGAUACCGUGGUCACUUUUAUUUCGAGUCGAUGGAAUAUGUCGCAAGCAAAGAGAUGACAGACCUUGCCGACCUCACCGCGGGUCAAGUUGCACCGGUCAAACCUGCAGCACCUGUCAAAGCAGCCGCGCCCGGCAAAAAGGCGAUCGUCAGAGAUGAGCCGCCGCCGCCGCGUGAGCUCAAGAGGCUGCCUGGCUCACGCAUCGCUUAUUUUAAGAACGGCCGUCCGAUGGGUGUCGCAUUCGAGGAUCUGUUCGAUUAUGUACCGCUUCGACCGCACCCCCCUUCGGCUGCAAAGCUGGCCCAAGCUCAGCGACAGAGCUUGCUAGAGCAGCUUGCGCUCGAUCGGACAAACCACCACGACGAUGGUACGCUAGGCUACUAUCCCGCAGCGAGUGUAUACUUUGGCGGCACCGUCAGACUCGCUGUUGGUCCUCACUUUGCCUACCCUCCACCGGCAAAUAUCGAGAGCUUGCUGUAUGAACCAGAAGACGCAGUGGGAUCUCCAGAUGCCAUGCAAGAGGAUGUCAAGCCCAGACUCGGCCCAAGCUGGCGGCCUCUCGCAGAUCGGUUUGACGAAUACUAUCGCGAGCAAGGCUGGCUAGAUGAUGAGGAUCAGAGCAUCGCCUUGGCAAAACACGAGGAUGAGCUCGCUACAGCCGCCAAAGAAGCUCGACGUACUGCUAUACCAGGCAAGAAGCCACUCGCGAGCUCCGUCAACGGUCGCAGCAAGAUGCGGGAUGUCAUCAAAGCAGACGAUCUGGCGCUCCACUUGGUCGCCGAGCUCGCGCCGGAGACGGCAUUAGAGCUUCCUCCGGAGGUGCAAGUAGAUCAUUGAAGGAGAAAAAAAAGCCGGCUGUGCAAUGUUGUAUACAAGAACGUCGAAACUAAGACCUAAUGGAUGAGCACUGGGCCGCGACGCUCUUGGCGGUGACGGCGGACCAUACCGGUCGAGCUAGGCAGUGCGGUCGCGGUCGAGCUCGAAUGUCUGUGGUACCGCUUGGUAUAUGUAGUCGUCGUUGUGACGGUCGUAGUGACGACUCGGACAGCAGCCGGCGCUGUCGGAGCAAGCUUGAGCAGGAUCGUGUCAGGAAUGGAAAAGAAGCUGAGCGUCGACGAGCUUACAGAAGGUGCGGUCGAGCUGAUCACCGACGAGGGCGCUGCGACCAAGACUGGCGCGGCAGAGUCUGUAGCGAUAGUCGAAGCACCGACG